AUGGGUGAACGUAAAGCUGUCAUUAAGAAUGCUGAUAUGAGUACUGAAAUGCAAGAAGACGCUGUACAUGUGGCUGCAAGUGCUUUAGACAAAUAUGAUGUAGAGAAGGAUAUAGCUGCUCAUAUCAAAAAAGAAUUUGAUCGAAAGUAUAAUCCUACUUGGCAUUGUGUAGUUGGACGACAUUUUGGAAGCUAUGUGACACAUGAAACUCAUAACUUCCUAUAUUUCUAUUUGGAUGAUCGAGCAUUCCUUCUCUUCAAAUCAGGAUAG